UUGUCUGCUUCAAGUCGUCCGCCAUGACAGCUGCGCCACUGAAUACACAGAAAUCUCGCGUUAUCUCGUUGCCUCACGUUCAGCCCAAAAUGGCCUCCAAAAAUAUUGUUAACAUUGUUAGAACAAAAUUGUUUCUUUUCAAUAUCAAGCGUUCUGCAGUGCAUCACAGCCAACGUUGUACCAUUUACAGCAGAAUUACUGAGGAUGCUGAAGAUGAAGAGUUUAAAGUUUUAAACAUUUUAAGAGACAAAGAAGAGGAUGACUUUUUUAGCAAGAAGGAAGUAGAGAAGAAACGUAACAUUACCCGAGCAGAUUGUAUGCAUACUGAUCAGGAUUGGACGGAUGUUUGGCCAACAAAGGCGCCAUUCCGUUAUGGUUCUGUUCCUAUACCAGUCAGACAGGGUUAUAGAAAGAGGGAAAACCGUCUUACUCCAGGAAAAUAUGGCAACACAGAAUUGAUGAAAAUCCCAAAUUUUCUACAUCUGACACCUCCCCACAUUAAAAAGCACUGCCAGGCCAUUAAAAAAUUUUGUACAAAGUUUCCAGAGGAACUGAAGAAUCAAGAGGUCCGAAAGGUCAAUUUUCCCAUUGAGGUCGUGACCUCUGAUUAUGUGACCUGUGGGACAUCAAUAAGAGAUUCAAGGUCACGGGAGGUCACAGUCAAUGUUAAUUUAUCUGUUCUGAAAAUGGAUGAACAUACAUCAAUAAAAAUGAAAAAGUUGGCUGGAGACAAAUUUGAUCAAGAGGAUCAGACAUUACAACUGAAGUCUGACAGGUGUCCACUCCGGAAACAAAACUAUGACUUUAACAUCUAUACACUGACAGCAUUGUAUUAUGAGUCAAAUGUAACAGAACCCUGGGAGGAAGAUAUGGAGGAGUCUGAUUGGGUGGAAUAUCAAUGGGACAAAACACAGUCCAGAAAUAAGAUCCUCCGACUAAAGAAUAAAAUACAGCAGAUUGAUAGUGGCCAGAAGGAAAUGGGAGAGGAUCCAGGUGUUUCUGUGGUGGAGGAUGAUUCUGCUAUCCAGGAUUAUAAAACUGCUUACUCUGACUUGAAAGACAAGGGAGAUAACACAGACACACUUAAUGCUUACAAACAAUCCGUGUUAAAACUUCUAAACUUAUAGAUAAUAAAAGGUGUGAAAAGUUUU